AUGUUUAACGGCAACUUAUCAGAAGAAAUCACUCAAAAGAAACCUGCGGCUCAACCAAGCCGAAAGGGUAAGAAAGCGUGGCGGAAAAAUGUUGAUAUUACUGAGGUCGAACAGUCGCUUGAAGAGAUAAGAAGUGAAGAACGAACAAUUGGUGGGCGAUUGCGAGACCAGUUCAACGAACAUCUUUUUGUGGUUGAUACUGUUGGCGAUUUAAAUGUGAAGCAAAAAAUCAAAAAAGUGCUACGCAUCGAUGAAAUCCUUUCAUCACGAAGUAAGAUUCCAGCAGUUGCUUCAAGAACAUCGAAUCUUCGGAAAACGGAAAAGCGCCAAGCGUCACGUGCAGAAAAUGCGAGAUUAGAACAAAUGGUACGUCGUAAACGGCAUUUACGUAUGACUAAUGAUUUGGGAUCUAGUGAGGCGGUGAAACGCGCUGGAACUUAUGAUGUUUGGGAGGAGCAAGAAGACUCGCAAGAUGCACAUGAUUUUAUAAAUCCUGCUAAACGAAGAAAAACCAAAGCACCGGAAACCUUACAGAAAAAACCGGCAACAAAAGUUGUUCCUGUACAUAUACCACAUCCUGGUGCAAGCUAUAAUCCGACUUUUGAAGACCAUCAAAAAUUACUUUAUAUAGCGAAUGAGGAAGAAAUUCGCAAAGAAGAAGAAUCAAAAAAGUUGCAAGAAAAACUUCCGAAGUACACGGAUGCACCAACUUCUGAAUUAAAUCCUCAAGACAUGAUUGAUCGUAAUCUGCUUGGUUCUGAUAACGAAGAGGAUAGCGUGGAAGAAAAUGAAGAAAAUCAGGAUGUCACAGUCAAAAAUAAGAGCAAAAAUGACAGUAACGUUCGUUCAUUUUACUUGGAUAGAUUACCAGAAAUCAUCCAAUCUGUAGAAAAAGAGCUUUCAGAACGUGAAAAGAAGGCUAUAGAAAAAGCAAAACUUGCUGAAGAAAAAAUUGGAAUGCCUUUAAAAAAAAUCGGAAAAUAUCCAGUGACUAAACUACCAAUUGACAUACAAUUAUACGGUGAGCUAUCCGAGUCUUUAAGGACCUUAAAGCCCGAAGGAAAUCUCUUCCGCGAUCGAAUAGCUAGCUUGGAAGAGCGCAAUAUUAUAGAGCCACGAGUUCCUGUCUUUUUCUGCAUUUCUAAUUCUGGUUUUGUUCUUAGUUCAGCAGAUAACAUUGAAAAACCUGUUGAAACUGUGACUGAAUCAAUUUCAAAUUUGAACUUGAAUGCCUCACCACAACCGCCGCAACAACCACCAUCACUCUCACAACAAAACGUCAAUAAUUUUUUAUUGCCAGAAUAUAAAGAUAUCACAACUUUUCUCGAUGAGGUCACGCAGGAAUUCCAAAUCGGUCAACUUAUACAUUUAGAAUCUUUCGGACUUUAUGAUGCGAUGAGCUCAAUUGAGAUAAUGGAUCCGAAGAUGGACAGUGGAAUGAUUCUAGAUAGUGAUCUCACCAAAAAACCCUUUAUUUUGAAUGCUCGCUUGACUCCGAGACAAGCGCUUGGUGUAAUUGAUCGUCUAUUUUCGUGCGAGAUGACAUGGCAUUCUGGUCAUUCGCUUUCGCAAACUUUAUAUACGUGCAUGUAUCUUCAUCAUGUAUUGGAAUUAAAACCCGAAUUGUUUUCGAAUGAAGGAGAUCAUGAAGAAACAUCGUCGGAUGUGCCAAUAGAGUUUGUAAUUUUAGUUUUAAAAGCUUAUAUUUUGGGAACGGCAAAAUGUUGCAAUUUUGUAUUAGAAGAGAUGAUCAAAGGAAAUGUGUAUGAGGAGGAGGAUUUUGCGACUAAUAAAUUCGCCCUAAAUUUGUACGAAGAUUUUUCAGAAUCUACAGCAGUCAAUUUAUUAGAUGAUGCAGAGAGUUGGUUGGAUCAGAAAGGUGGCUCGUGGCUUUUAGAAAAUGAACCAGAAAAAUGUGAGAUACUCUAUCAUGCAUUAAAGUCUAGACUUCAGUUACGAAAGUCGUUUCUUCUAGCUCUUAUUCAUUUAGCCAAGCCGCGAUGUCAACAAUACACAGAAUCACAGAGACAUCUCUUGACAACACUACAGAUUCUAAAUGGGACAAAUAGCGAGCCGGGAAUCAAAAGCACCAUUGAACUUGGGGUAGAUGUUGACGGUGCCUUUGACCCACUGAUCAAUCGUAAACUUGUGUCUCAAACGCCUCCAAGACCAAUUCGCCUCUUGACAAUGCAGCAGUCUCUUGAGGAGUUAAAUAAUCUUCUUGAAAAUACUCUCUUGAUUUGUGGAAUAACAGAAUAUAAAUCGGCGGAUAUUCUAAUGAACUUCUUUUAUUAUAAUGCCGCACGCCAACCACCCGCUUGUGCAUAUUCACGAUCAUUAUUGCAGUCGACAUUCUGCACAGAAAAUCGUAUAUUAGGGAAAUUUUCUGUAUUUCAACUAAUAAAAGAUUCAGUGACCGAAAUUUCAAACCCUCCUUAUGUAUACUUUGCUUCAAGAUCAGACACUGAUAAACCGACAAACGGUGCAAUUGUCGAUGAAACGAAAGCAAAAAUCUCACACUUGGUAAACAAAUUUUUAGAAAGCGCCGUAAAGCCUUUGACAGAUAUUUUUAGGAUCUUAUGUCACAACCGUUCAAGACAACGACGUAAUAUGUGUAAAGUAUUAACUGAUUGGGACUUGUUACAAGAAGAAGCGGAACAUAUUGAUGGUGAAUUACAUAUCCUGAUGAAAGAGGAACCGAUUAUGACUGAAGAUGGGCCAUCUCACUCUUAUUACCUUUCUUCAUGGGUUUAUCAUCGGAAAUUAAUUUUACUACAAGAAAUUUUAUUCCUUGGAUUCGAAUUGGGUUUAUAUGGAAACCAUGAAUUCAUAAUGAUUUAUUGGUAUGUUGAUUACCUAUUGGGCGUUCAUUAUCAGCAUCUUGAAAGGAUGUUACUGCACAUUACCACAAAACCAUCAGCAACCAACAAAGAAUCUCGGAAAACAAAGAAACAAAAAGCUCUUCAAGCCACACCACCUGUGACUCCAUCGUUCACUUUAAUAAUAAGUAAGAAAAGCAUAAUUACAGUACGACAAGAGAUUUGUCGUGGUAUAUAUCGGCAGACUAUUGCUGCUCUCCAAAAAACUGGGCACUUUAAGAUACCUCAACUUGAAUAUGACAAUGAAGGAAUUCGCUUUUGGCAACGAUUUCGAAUGUAUCGAAAUCUUGGUAGUCCUACUCUGUUGACAUACCGUGAAUUCAAAGAAAAUACGAAAUUUGAUAAUUUAACGAAAAAUUAUGAAACAGCCAAGACGGCGAUAGAUCAUCUAAUGAAAAUGAAAUUGAGUGAAUCGAGAAUGGACUUGUGUGAAACUGAUUUCAAAAAUGAUCUAAAAGCCAUGCUUCGUGUGUGCAUAGCAAAUAUUGUCGGUUUGCAAAAAAUGCUUCAGGAUCCUGAAGUAUUAAAUCAAAGAAAAGAAGCACUCGCAUCACGAAAACAGAAUCAAAAACAACCGCAAUCAUCAUUACCGUCAUCUUCAUCAAAUGCUUCAUCUACAAUUAAUAUUGCUACAUCAGAACCUAAAUCUUCACGAACUAAAUAUGUUGAUUUUGAAUUUAAAUAUCAUCCGUGGUAUCCAGUAAUAUCACUUUUGCCUUGA